AUGGAAGGAAGCAGUAAAGCAUACCCAACAAGAAACAACAACAAUAGCAACUCUACGAGAGGAGGAGCAACAUCUUCCCCUUCCUCCGCCUCCGCCGCGGAGAUCUUGUCGUCGAGCUUGCUGUAUUUCCCCAAGCUGACGUUGAGCCUAGUGACUCCGUUGAAUCAAGACACAUUCUCCCACAAUAACGACGCCUUAUCACCCUGCCCCUCAUCGGCGGGGAACUGCAGCAGUAGCAGCAGCUCGUCCUCGCCGUUGGAGGAGGAAGACCGGGCGAUUGCGGAAAAGGGGUUUUUUCUACAUCCCUCGCCGGUGUCGACGCCGAGAGAAUCCAAGGCUCAGCUGCUGACUCUGUUCCCUCUGACGUCGCCGAGGGCAGAGGAAUUGCAACCCUGA